UUUCCGGGUCAGCCGGAGUCCAAUAUGGCGGCGGGCAGAGGCGGCUGAUCUCGACAUGUCCGCCCUCUGCCGGUAUGACCGGCACUGCGACUCCAUCAAUUCGGACUAUGGAGAGUCAGCGCGGAGCUGCGGCGGCCCCGAGCAGGAGGAGAUUCACUACAUCCCCAUCCGGGUCCUGGGACAUGGGGCCUACGGGGAGGCCACCCUCUACCGGAGAACCGAGGAUGAGUCUCUGGUGGUCUGGAAGGAGGUGGGGUUGGCUCGGCUAAAAAUUUGCAAUCGUGCCUUUACGGGAGGUGUGACAUCAUUGGGGGAUGACAUCACUGAGAGGGGAGGUGACAUCAUUGCGGGGGAUGGGGGAGAUUCUGUAGUAACGUCUCCGGUUUGUCUUCGCAGGGACAUUAAGACGUUGAACAUUUUCCUCACCAAAGCCAAUCUCAUCAAGCUCGGGGACUACGGACUGGCCAAGCAGCUGGGCUCGGAGUUCUCCAUGGCGGAGACGUGUGUGGGCACCUUGUACUACAUGUCCCCGGAGCUGUGCCAGGGGGUGAAGUACAGCUUCAAGUCCGACAUCUGGGCCGUGGGAUGUGUGCUAUACGAGCUGCUGACUCUGACCAGAACCUUCGAUGCUACAGUAAGUCCUCCCCCCUCUGCUCCGCUCCUCGUGUCCUCCGCUCCUCGUGUCCUCCGCUCCUCGUCGGAAGUUUGGUCUUCGUCCCUCACACAGGAACCAGAAAAGCGGCCGAGUUCUGAUGAGAUCCUGGAGAAGCCUCUGCUGAGCCGGAGGAGGAGGGAAAUGGAAGACGAGGUGUCCCUGCUGAACAGAUCCAACAAGCGCCCCAGGCCAGGCGCGGUCACAGAGGCACCGAUUGCAGUGGUGACAUCGAGGAGCAGUGAAGUGUACGUGUGGGGAGGCGGGAAGUCCACUCCACAGAAGCUGGAUGUGUUUAAGGGAGGUUGCCGUGCGCGGCAGGUCUGUGCCGGAGAUGCUCAUUUUGCGGUGGUGACGGUGGAGAAGGAGCUGUACACCUGGGUGAACAUGCAAGGGGGAUCAAAGCUGCAUGGACAACUCGGCCACGGAGACCGCGCAUCUUACCGGCAACCAAAACACGUGGAGAAGCUGCAAGGCAAAUCUAUGAAACAAGUCAGCUGUGGAGGAGACUUCACCAUGUGUAUUACAGGUUGGUAUGAAGAGGUGAUAUGGGGGGGNGACUAUUAUGGCUGCCUCGGUGUGGGUCAGGCGGAGGGCUCGGAGGUUCUGGAGCCCAUUCUGGUGGACUUCUUCUUGAACGAGCCGGUGGAGCAGGUGUCAUGUGGUGACAGUCACGUCAUGGCGCUGACACGAAGCAAGUCGGUCUACUCGUGGGGCUGCGGGGAGUAUGGACGCCUCGGCUUGGACUCUGAAGACGACGUCUACUCUCCUCAGAAGGUGGAGGUGCAGCGUGGCCUCAGCAUUGUGACGGUCAGCUGCGGCUCAGAUGGGAGUUUUCUCCUGACCCAGUCUGGUAAAGUUCUUGCCUGCGGAUCCAAUGAACACAACAAGCUGGGACUGAACCAGUGCACAGCCGGGAUCAUCAACCACGAGGCCUAUCAGGAGGUGCCGUACACCACGUCUCUGACGCUGGCCAAGCCGCUCUCCUUCUACAAAGUGCGCAGCAUCUCUCCCGGGAAGACGCACACUUCAGCCAUAGAUGAGCGCGGCCGGCUCCUGACGUUCGGCAGCAACAAGUGUGGCCAGCUCGGCGUGGGAGAUUACCGGAAACAUCUGGGCAUCAACCUGCUGGGGGGACCUCUUGGAGGGAAGCAGGUGAUCAGAGUGUCCUGUGGAGAUGAGUUCACCAUUGCUGCCACGGAUGAUAAUCAUAUCUUUGCCUGGGGGAACGGAGGGAAUGGACGCCUGGCCAUGACCCCUAAUGAACGACCUCAGGGCUCUGACAUCUGUACCUCGUGGCCUCGUCCAAUAUUCGGCUCCCUGCACCAUGUUCCUGAGCUGUCUUGCCGUGGCUGGCACACCAUCCUCAUCGUGGAGAAAGUCCUCAACUCCAAGACCAUCCGGUCCAACAGGAGCGGCCUGUCUAUCGGAACUGUUGCCCAGAGCUGCUCUUCCGGGGAAUCUGCAGGAGUCGAGGUUGACAGUGCAGGGGAGUCCCUAUCUUCGGAGCCCAGCGAUGGUGGCUUCCGUGGAACCAUGGAGGCGGAGCCAGAGACCAGUCCAUUUAACACCACAGAAAAUAUGGAGAGCAGUGCUUGUCCCAGCUGGCUGCGGCAGGAGCUGGAAGAGGCGGAGUUUAUCCCGAUGCCAGAGACCCCGUCCUCUGCCAGUAUGGAGCUGCCGCAGGAUAUGUCGGCGUCUCUUCCACAGCGCACAGAGGCCUCUCUGCCAGCGAAGAGUACAGAGGAGGCUCUCCAGGAACAGCAGGGCCCCAGCUGUGGGUGCAAUGCUCUGCAGGAGGAGGUACAAAGACUGCAGACCCUGGUCUCAUCCUGUACGAGUGAGCAGGAGAACCUGCGGCGAGAGAACACGCGGCUGACUCUACGAGUCCAGGAACUGGAGGACAGGCUGCAGCUGCUAAUGCAGCAGGGUCAGACAGUCAGCCAGCAUGGAGAGGCCAUCCAGACACUGCAGAGCCAGGUGGCGCUGUGUGUGAAAGGAGUAUCCCCGGCUGCUGGCAGUGCUGAGACCUCCAGGGAGGAUUCCGAUGCAGAGUCAUGGUGCUUCUUGGGCGCAGACCCCUGCCGUUCUGCCUCUGCGACCCCCAUGUGACGCGGCCCAUGCGAUGGACACAAAGACUGUGUU